UAUAUCCAAUACCGCCCGAACCAACUCCUACUACUGUCCUACACAUAACUAAUUCCCACAUCGUUAUUAAGGAGAGAGACAGCCCAUAAACCCAUUUCCGGAUCUAACACUCAAUCCUUCUCUCAUUCCUACUCUCCAACUUUGCUUUGCUCCAUUUUGGCGAAGUGGGUCUCUUUCUCUCUGGCUCGAGAAGAUGAAGGUCACCGUAGUCACAAGGAGUGGCAGAGAGCUUUUCAAGGGUGGCCUUGAGCUCAGUGACUCUGCCACAGUUGCUGAUCUGCAGGAGGAGAUCCAUAAGAGAUCCAAAAAGUUCUAUCCUUCAAGGCAGCGACUUACUCUUCCCGUCCAACCUGGAUCAAAAGAGAAGGCAGUUGUCCUCACCUCCAAGAAGAGUCUCAAAGAUUAUUACAGUGGAAACUCAGACAACUUAACCGUGGUGUUCAAGGACUUGGGCCCACAAGUUGAAUACAGAACACUCUUCUUCUUUGAGUAUAUUGGUCCUCUGCUCAUUUAUCCCAUAUUUUACUUCUUCCCUGUUUACCAGUACUUGGGCUUCAAAGGAGACCGUGUCAUCCACCCAGUCCAGACAUAUGCUCUAUAUUACUAUUGCUUCCACUACUUUAAACGUAUUAUGGAAACAUUUUUCAUACAUAGGUUCAGUCAUGCAACCUCACCUGUCUCCUAUGUAACCCGGAACUGUGCAUAUUAUUGGAGCUUUGCAGCACUCAUGUCUUACUAUGUGAAUCACCCACUUUACACCCCUGUCAGCGACCUCCAAAUGAAGAUUGGGUUUGGUUUUGGGAUAAUAAAUCAAAUUGCGAACUUCUAUUGCCAUAUUCUACUGAGGAAUCUGCGAAGUCCUGAUGGAAGUGGAGGCUAUCAAAUACCACGUGGUUUUCUAUUCAAUAUUGUGACAUGUGCAAAUUACACGACUGAGAUUUAUCAGUGGUUGGGUUUUAAUAUUGCAACACAGACGGUUGCUGGUUAUCUUUUUGCUGUAGUUGCUGCUUCUAUCAUGACCAAUUGGGCCCUAGGAAAACACCGCCGUUUAAAGAAGCUAUUUGAUGGGAAGGACGGAAGACCCAAGUAUCCACGUCGAUGGGUGAUUCUACCCCCAUUCUUGUAGAAGUGAUUGGCGAGGCUACCUUCAUUGUUCUCUUUGGUGUCAAGUGUUCAAUUCCAUUUCCUACGAUAGGUCAUCAACGUGAAGAAGUUCAGAUCGCAUAUUUAUCCAAUUUCAAUAUUGAUGUUAGUAUUCUGCUUAGACUUUGUAAUAAGAACUUGGAGAUUUGCUUGUUGAUCUAUACAAGAGUAAUCUAUUUAUGCAGUCAAUUUGAACUGUUUUGUCAUUUGCACAAAACGAAUGUAACUUUAGAAAUUGGAAGCAAUUAUAUUUAGUCAUGUUGUGGCUUUAAACAC